AUGUCUGAUUCUCCAUGCUCAAGUUCUCAACGGGGAGAAAUCACCAUGUCUCGCGAGCUCACUGGAUCUUUGGAUGCCGCACCACAUAUCCACGUCUUCCACCAAUCCCGACUUCCACGUCAACAUGGCCUCCGCCUCACCAACCCCCUCUCGGGAAUCGAUCGGGGCACACCCCGGCUCACCCCCUCUUCCGACGACCCCUCACCGCAGGUCAAGGUCCACAUCCAGCACCACGGCACGGCAAGUCAAGACAGCCUAAAGAACAGGCCAAGGCCAGGAACACAGUGCAGUGCCGACCUCCCCGUCCCCGCUGCCGUGUGCCCAGCACCGCUGAAAAUCGACCGAUGCCAUUCUCAUAUCCACAACCACGCAGAAUCGCUGUCUGCUUCUGGAGCCCAAACAUCUCACUAA